AUGAAAUUGAAUGGUUAUGACAAAUUUUACUACACACUGCACAAAUAUGUUUUAACGUGUAUAGGUUUGUGGCCAUAUCAAUCGAGAAUGAGCAAAAGAUUCUUUUUUAUAACAUACGGAAUUUCAUCAUGUUCCCUCAUAAUAGCGUUGAUCGCUGGUUUAUCCGAAAAAUGGAGCACCGAUCCCGUCAUAAUUCUUGAAAACAUGUUAGGAAUCAUUUUUCUUACUUCUAGUACUGCCGAAUCUUCAAUUUUAUACAUGCAUGAAAGCAAGAUUAUAGAAUUUUAUGAUAAAAUCAAAACUGACUGGAAGAAGUUGACGAACAAGAAGGAAAUAGAGAUACUUCAAAUGCAUACUCGAAAAGGACAGUUUGUAUCAACCGCAUACAUCUUAUAUGGAAUACCAGCUUUUGCAAUUUUUGGUUUCGUAACGUUCCUGCCGCCGAUUCUAGACCCUCCUUCCAGGGUGGAAUAUUCUCAUAUCUUUCCUUACUACUUUUAUUGUAUGAUAAUCAACGAAGAUUUUCGCUACUAUCAGAUAGUUCUGCACUGUAUGGUAUCGUUUUCCUAUGCCAGUGUAUCCUAUUUGGCCGUCAAUUGUACGUUUGCAAAAUGUGUAAACCACGUUUGUGGAAUAUAUGCUAUUAUUUGUUAUAGAUUACAGAAUGCGAUAGAGCCAACUGUCGUAAGAGGACCUUUUAAUAAAUUGAAAAAUAGUAAAUUAAUUAGGUUCAAUUUGAUUGAUGUUAUCGCAAAACAUCGCGAAGUUAUACAUGGAGUCGAUAUGAUCGAACAAAUAUUCAGUACAGGCUUUCUUGUCAUAGAAAUAGCCGGCUUCUCAGGUAUUGCCCUCGUAAUAGCCGACAUUUUAUACAAUCAAAAAAAUGCAUAUCAACUGUUUCGCAUCAUGGUUGUGACAGCGAUAUUCCUUGUUUACAUAUUUUACAUAAAUUGGAUGGGCGAACAAAUAAUACAAGUAUCGGACGAUGUCCGCCUUACAGCUUAUUUUAUCGAUUGGUUCACGCUCUCAAUCGAAGCUCAGGAAAUCAUACAUAUGAUCGUCUGGCGAAGUUGUAAGACGAACAAAUUGACAGCCGGAUCAUUUGUUGCUUUAUCGUUGGAGAACUUUUUAUCGAUGCUGAAAACCUCGUGGUCUGUUGCUACUGUACUCUUAUCUGCUCAUCGAAGCCAGAAAAACGCACAUUUCACCGGUUAUGGAAUUACAAAUUCCUUCACGAAUUCAUCGUCAACGUAA